UCCCGCUUUGAGGUGCCAUUUCCCACCCAAACCAAAAACCCUACCUUCAAAGGGAUUAAGAGAGAGAGAGAGAGGGAAGAUGGCGCGAGGGUCGAAGCACAAAAAGGAAGAAGAAGACGAAGAAGAUCCAGAGCGGAAGAGGCUGAAAUCGCUGGGGUUUUCGAACAAGCUAGUAUCGGAGAUCCCAGCCAGGCCUCAAGCGCCUCUCCGGCCUUCAAACGCCGUCGUUAAGCACCACGGCAAAGACAUUAUCAAGAAAUCUCAGCGCAAGAACAGGUUCCUCUUCUCCUUCCCCGGCCUCUUUGCUCCCAUCGCUGGAGGUAAGAUCGGCGACCUCAAGGAUUUGGGCACCAAGACCCCUGUCCUCUACCUCGAUUUCCCUCAGGGUCGGAUCAAGUUGUUUGGCACCAUUGUGUUUCCCAAGAACAAGUACUUGACUCUUCAGUUUCCUAGAGGUGGAAAGAGUGUCAUGUGUGAGGACUACUUUGAUAAUAUGAUCGUAUUUUCUGAUGCUUGGUGGAUUGGGACAAAGGACGAGAACCCAGAUGAAGCCCAACUUGAUUUCCCUAAAGAACUGAAUGAGGGACACAACACAGAUUAUGACUUUAAAGGUGGUGCAGGUUCAGCAUCUGUGGUUAACAACCAAAGUGAUUAUAAAAAUGAAAUUACAUAUGUCGACGAACAUUCUCCAGAUGCUAAGCUUGAACAUAAUUUAUCUGAUGAUGGAAACAAAGAUUUGAUUGAAGUAACACCAGUUCGUCAUUCAGCAAGAACUGCUGGAAAACGAUUCAAUUUUGGAGAAGCUUCUUCCGGAGAUGAUUCUAUUGAAAGCAAUACUGACUUAUGUGAAGGAGAAGAUAACCAAAUUGGGGGACUCGAUUCAUUAUCCAGGAAGCAUGCUAGUGGAAAGACUGAAAAUCUCAGCAUUGGAGAUUUAAACAUUGUUAAUGAGGAUGCUGUGGAAGGAGCUCAAAUUCCUGAACAAAAUCAGGAGUCUUCUAUGUCAGAGGCUAAAUCAAAGAAACAAUCUCAUUCUGCCUUUUCAGUGACUAUAUCUAAGGAGGACUCUCGUAGUAAUCAUGGUCCACUAGUUCAGGCUACUAUAUCUACCUUAUUCAAGAAAGUGGAGAAGAAGAAAGCGGGAUCCAGUUUUCCAAGUCAAGUUCAAACUCCUUCUCAGGCUCAUAAAACACCAAGAAAUCCAAGGAAACCAGCAUCUCCAAAAGUUUCUGGCCAGAAGUCGCUGCAAGCUCCUUCAAAGAGGAAGUCUAAUCAGGAUGGAGGACCUAGUAAAAAGGGCAAAAGUAUCAAGGAAAACGAUGCUGUGGGCAAAAGGUUGGGAAAGAAGAAAGAAUAUGAGGUAUUUUUUGUAUCUGGGGUUGAAGAUGAUAUUGAAGAAUUCUCAAGUAGCUCACAGGAUACUGAUUGUAGUGAUGAAGAGUGGGCUGCUUGAGAUCGUAGUGACACGGUUGAUACAAGAUGGAGGAUAUGGAAAGAGUUUGAUCUUAAUCUUUAUUGGGGGCACUUGUAGGUAGUCAUGUAGUAUGUUUUAAGUUUUUGAAUUUCGAUGUAACAUUUGAAUAAAUAAGUUCUUUGACAGAAAAACAGGGGAAAAAUAAAGGGGCUACUAGAUUAUUCAACUCA